AUGGCAUAUGUCUUCAAGAAAUUCAUAGAUCAUGAUGGAAAAUUCAAAGAAAACCUUACUGAUGAUGUUCAAGGAUUAUUGAGUCUACAUGAAGUAGUACAUCUGAGAGUACGCGGGGAGGAAAUUCUUGAAGAAGCUCUUAUCUUUACUAUCACUCAUCUCGAAUCUAUGCUCUCCAACUCGAACAAUGACUCGAUUAAGGUUCAAAUUACUGAAACCUUAAGCCAACCUAUUCACAAGACUGCAGCAAGGAUGGGAGCUAGGAAAUACAUAUCCACCUAUGAAAACAAUGAUGCACACGACAAUUUUCUUUUGAAAUUUGCAAAAUUGGAUUUCAACAUGCUACAAAAGAUGCACCAAAGAGAGCUUAGUGAGCUUACAAGGUGGUGGAAAGAUUUGGAUUUUGCAAACAAAUUGUCACAUGUAAGAGACAGAUUGGUUGAGUGUUACUUUUGGAUACUAGGAAUGUAUUUUGAGCCUAAAUAUAAUCGUGCUAGAACAAUGAUGACUAAAGUACUAAAGAUGAGCUCUAUUAUUGAUGAUACAUAUGAUGCUUAUGGAACACUUGAUGAACUUGCAUCUUUCACCGAUGCAAUCCAAAGAUGGGAUAUCACUGCAAUCGAUUCAAUCGAGCCAUAUCUAAGACCUGCUUAUGAAGCUCUUCUAGACGUUUAUAGUGAAAUGGAACAAGUAUUGGCCAAAGAAUGUAAAUCAGACCGUGUAUACUAUGCAAAACAAGAGAUGAAGAAUUUGGUGAGUGCCUAUUUUAAGGAAGCCCAAUGGUUAGAUGGUGGCUGUAUUCCAAAAUGUGAAGAGCACUUGGAGAAUGCACUUGUAAGCUCUGGCUGUCUUAUGGCAACCGCUUCUUCCUUGGUUGGUAUGGAGGAAUUUAUACCCAAACAGACUUAUGAAUGGUUAAUGAAUGAGCCUUUGAUUGUACGAGCAUCCUCAAUGAUUUGUAGAGCAAUGGACGAUAUUAUUGGACAUGAAGCUGAACAAGAAAGAGGACAUGUAGCUUCAAUUAUUGAAUGCUACAUGAAAGAAUAUGGAGCUUCAAAGCAAGAGGCAUACAUGAAGUACCAUAAAGAAGUCAUCAAUGGAUGGAAGGAUGUAAACAAAGAACUUCUCCGUCCUACUAAAGUGCCAAUAUUUGUCCUUGAACGAGUUUUAAAUUUUGCACGUGUGAUGGACAUGUUAUACAAAGAAGAAGAUGCAUAUACAAACUCCAAAGGCAAACUAAAAAAUAUGAUUAGCUUGUUACUAGUUGAAUCUAUCAAAAUAUGAAAAUCAUUAUG